CUUUCACUUUACAUCCAGCUUUAAAUUCACCAACUUCCUCCUCCGCUGGCCUGAUAUCUCCUCUCCUCUCCUCUCCAUCUCCUCACUAUGUGGAUACCAGCUUUGCUCCUAUGGAUUCUUAAUAUCAGCAGUUUGUGCUCAGGACAAGACUAUACAGACUAUUACCAGACUGGAGACAUGGGCACCACGGCGCCAGUAGUGUCAGAUGACCAGCCCAGUUUGGAGUCAGUGACGAGUGUGGAUCAGCUGCUGCAGCUUCUAUACCCCGAAUACAAUUUGCUUCAGCACUGCUUACAAAAGAAAUUGUGGCAUGCCUCCUCUUCCCCCUCUUUCUCCACCUCCUCCACAAGCCCUUUAGUCCACUCCAACGAUGACAAUCUGUGGGGUCAGCCGAGGGAAGAGCCCCUUUUCAAAGUAGACGGGAAUUUGGGAGUCAUCUUAGAGGAGAUCCAGCGGACCUCGUGCCAGCCCAGAGAGGCGUGUGUCGAGGUCGCCAAAGAAUACCCAGAAUCCACCAGUCAAUUCUACCUCCCUCGCUGUGUGGCGCUGCAUCGGUGCGGUGGCUGUUGCCCCAACGAGGCGUUUUACUGCACCAACACAAGUCACACGCUUGUCAACAAGACAUUGAUGGAGCUGUCCCCGCCCAGGAUGGAUCGCACCGUCAACAUGGUGACAUUUGUCAACCACACCUCGUGUGAAUGCCUCUCCAAGCGGCCGCUCCACUCCAUCAUAAGACGAGCCGCAACAGAUCACCUGUGUUCCCCACCCGAAGUUCCCUGCGCCUCCGGGUCAUUAUGGGAUCCAGUGAACUGUGUGUGUGUCUCUACUGACACCAUUAACUACUCUGAGAGAGAGACAGAGGCUGUGGACUCGGGGCUGCUGGCUCUCUGUGGUCCCAACAGGGUCCUGCACGAGGCCACCUGCGAGUGUGUUUGUCGGAACGGACUCACCGAGGACAGCUGCGAUCCAGGCUGGAAACUGGACCACAACACCUGUGAGUGUCAGUGUGAAGGCCAAGGCGAGGGGAAGUGGUGCCCCACAGGCCAGCGUUGGGACGAGGAGCUGUGUGGCUGUGUGUGUGCUGCAGAGUGCCCCGGGAAUCAACCCCUCAACCCCGACACCUGCCUCUGUCAGUGCAGAGAGAGUCCACAGUCCUGUCUGCGGCAGGGCAAGAGGUUCAACCCCAACUCCUGCAGUUGUUACAGGUUGCCUUGCAGAAAGCCCAGACGUGUGUGCCAGGCUGGUUUCUACUACAGCCACCAUGUCUGCCAGUGCAUCCCCAACUACAUGAGGCCUGAGUGGAAUUAACCAAUCCCAGGCGAGCAAGACUGCAGAUGAAGCCAUUUAUUCCCCUUCAAUAGAGGCUAAAAAGACACUUUCGGCCUGAAAACAAAAGGGCAAUAAGGGUGAAGUGUCUCUUGACGGGAGCAGGAAGGUGAACUACAAAUGUACAUGUACUGGAUUAUAACAGCAGCCUUCGGAGGACACUCAAAAAAAAAGCUUCAGAGGAGGAUGGGAGUGCUUCCCUGUGAAACAAAAAGACCAGUAAAUCCCAUAAAAGUGGAGUAAUCUCAGCAACAGAGAAAAUAAGGAGAGCGAUUUGACUCCCUGGGACUAACAACACCAAUCACACAUGCAGAAAAGCAUGAGAGCAAAGGCAGGGCGGACCAAUCAGACUCAGACGUGUUCGAGCAAGAUAUUCAACCAGCGACCUGCUGCAGAGACACCACACGUGACUGUGUGAAAUGGAAAGUGGAAUAAGAUAAUAACAGACCAGACUCCAUGCUUUAUUUCAUUUUUUUAAGAUUAAAUAAGCUGCAGGCACUUUGGCGGUCUUGAGUCAUGACAUGUUUUGGAGGUUGAAGGAUUUAUUUUGCAGAAAUCAUGUAAUGUGAUGUGGCCGGGGCCAUUUAUGGAAAUGAUGACAGUAUGUUUUGGGUCCAUUCAGAGCACCAACACUAGAUUUUAAUUUGAGUGACUAUACUGAAAGGGAAACUGACUAUUUUUUACCUAAAAGUCUAAUUUAAACUGCCAUUAUAUUUAAACAAACUGCUAUUAUAUCAUCCAGUUUCUACUUGCCUUUACUGUAGUGCUGCUCUUUAAAGAUUUCAUUCAUAUGUGGCUGAAUCUGAUCAAAAUUGACUUGGGUACAGUUCUGGAUCUUCUAGUAAUUUAACUUCACACACCGUAAUAUUAUUUGUACAUAUUUAAAUCUUUUUUUUUUUUCAUAUUUAAAAGCGAUAUUUUGAAGGUGGAAUCAUGUGUAGUUGUAAAAUACUGUAUUUAAGUCACUAUAACUGAAUAUUGUUUUGCAAUGGAACUAUUUACAUGUCUUUGAACUCCAGCAGUUUUAAUUAAUAUGGAGAAUUUUAAUUAUGUUUUUAUUUGUGCAUUUUGCCUGCACUGCAAGAUUAUUUUUUAAUAAUUAAUUUAGGCAUUACUAUACAGCUUUAAAAAAAAAUUGGGCUCAGAAAUACAGUAAAUGUUAGGAUGAAGAUCAAUUGCAAUGUAGAGAUGAUUGUAAUGUUUGUGCUAUAUGGAUGUAGAGUAAAACUGCUACUAUUAAAUAUUUAAAGUAGUUUUGAAGUAUUGAUUAAAAGCCUUGUCAGACCGA